CGGGAGAGCCGGAAGAGAGCAGAUCCUCAGAACCGAGCUCCUGAUCUCCAUCUGCGGACUACAGCCUCCAGAGGACCGGUCCAUCUCACAGCAGCUCCCUGUUCCUUGUGUUGUUCUAAAGAUGUGGAAGGCAGCAGCAGGACAGUCAGUCAAUGUGGCUGUAAAUGAAGACGGGGACGACUGGGAGACUGACCCCGACUUUGAGAAUGACGUAUCAGAGAGGGAGCAGCGCUGGGGGGCCAAGACGGUGGAGGGCUCCGGGCAUCAGGAGCACAUAGACAUCCACCGGCUGCGUGAGACGGUGUCCACGGAGCACACCAGCCUGAAGAAGAAGGAGCAGGACACCAUGCCCAAGGCCUCGCAUGGAUAUGGAGGCAAAUUUGGAGUUCAGCAGGACCGCAUGGACAAGUCGGCUGUGGGUCACGACUACCAGAGCAAGUUGUCCAAGCACUGCUCCCAGACGGACACAUCCAAGGGCUUUGGAGGGAAGUUUGGAGUGCAGGCUGACCGCGUUGACCAGUCAGCUGUUGGCUUCGAGUACGCCGGGAAGACAGAGAAACACGCUUCUCAGAAAGACUACACCACUGGGUUUGGGGGAUACGGCGUGCAGGCAGACCGCGUGGACCAGAGCGCCAUGGGCUUCGAUUACCAGGGCAAAACCGAGAAACACGAUUCCCAGAAAGACUACACAAAGGGCUUCGGAGGAAAGUUCGGUGUCGAGACCGACAAGGUGGACAAGAGCGCUGUGGGCUUUGAGUACCAGGGCAAAACGGAGAAACACGAUUCACAGAAAGACUACGUGAAGGGCUUUGGGGGGAAGUUUGGAGUGCAGACGGACCGACAGGAUAAAUCGGCUCUGGGAUGGGACCAUCAGGAGAAACUGCAGCUUCACGAGUCCCAGAAAGACUAUAAGCGUGGGUUUGGAGGGCAGUAUGGGGUAGAGAAGGAGAAGCAGGACCAGUGUGCUCUGGGCUAUGAGCACAAGGAGAGCCUGGCUAAACACGAGUCCCAGAAAGAUUAUUCUAAAGGAUUUGGAGGGAAAUUUGGAGUCCAGAAUGACCGGAUGGAUAAGAGUGCCGGGACGUUUGAGGACGUGGAGAAGGUGACCUCGUCUUACCAGAAAACCAAACCCACGGAGGCCGCCGGCAGCAGCACGGGGAGCAUCAAGGCUCGCUUCGAGAACAUCGCCAAGCAGAAGGAGGAGGAGGACAAGAAGAGGGCCGAGGAGGAGCGAACCCGUCGGCAGGCCAAGGAGAAGCAGGAGCAAGAGGAGGCGCGCCGUAAGAUCGAGGAGACGCCCAGGACUCCGUCUCCGGUCCCUGCUGCAAGUCCCAGUCCUGGUCCCAGUCCUGGUCCCAGUCCUGGUCCCAGUCCCACUCCCAGCCCGACUCCACCGGUGCAGCCAGCUGCUGCCGCCCCGGCUUACAUACAGAAGACGGAGGAGGUGACCUACGACACUGCUGAGGAGAACGGAGAGCAGCUGUACGAGGCGGAGCCUCAGAGCCAGGAGGACCUGUACCAGACCCCCGACGAGACAGCAGGCGGCGAGGACGUCGGGCUGACAGCGGUGGCUCUGUACGACUACCAAGCAGCCGGAGAAGACGAGAUCUCCUUCGACCCCGACGACAUCAUCACCAACAUCGAGAUGAUCGACGAGGGCUGGUGGCGAGGCGUGUGCAGAGGCUCCUACGGCCUUUUCCCCGCCAACUACGUGGAGGUUCGGCAAUGAUGACGCGUCGCCAUGACGACCUGAGUCCCCGUCCUAUUGGAGAACGAAAAAAAAAACAGAAAGAGGAAGGAGACGAUUUCAAAUAUAAUUUUUUUCCCCCCCCACUUCUGUCUGCUCUCUCUUCAGCUCAUCUUAGUGCGAGACGUCCUCAGGUCUCCUUGCCACCUUUCCUUUGCUCCUUUUUCCUCAUCCCUCCUCCACCCUUUCCUCUUUCAGAUCACUGGUGAUCUAUCGUAGGAAGACUCACUAUCUGGGCUUUGCAGUAGUUAAAGCUACAAAAUGCACCUUUGACUUUUAACAAGUCACUUCCUGCUUCGCAGCCAGAAGUUGCAUUUUGGAGUUUUUUGUCGUCCCCCCCCCUCAGAUACUUUAUUUGAAUCAGCUUCAGGUGUCGUUUCUUCCCAUGUUAGAGAGGAUUUUUAGUCCCAACCAAAGACGGCAAAAGAGCUUGAAAUGUCUGGAUUGAGUGGUGGUCACGGGGCUCAGGAUGCUCCCUGUUUAGUAGCUCGACCUUAACGUCAACAGGAGUUUAAAGUGGAUUAUAAUGUAUAUCGGAGGCUGUAUUCUGUCCCGUAACUCCAACCGUGGACCAAAAAGCUGCUUUGCUUCCUCGAUCUGUCGCCAUAAGUUUUACUGUGUUGCACAGGAGUCUAAAUCCCCUCCAGAUUAAAGCCGCAGCCGCCGUUAAAGCUUCAUGUAUUCGAAAAAUGUUCUUAUCAGCCGUAAGGUUGCUUAUAAAUGAUCAAAAAUAAGGUUUCCCCCUUUAGCUGAUGUUUAUUCACAGAAAAACGGGGCCAUAAUGUCAAAGACUAAACUUUAAAUACUACAGCUCAGAGUAUUACUUUAAUCAUCUUCAUACUUUAUACUGGUUAACUGUUGAUAUCGUGCUUGGAAUCAUGUACAGAGAGAGGGAUCAUGAGUUAUGACGCUUUGAGAAAUGAUAGAUUUGAAGACGAUGUUUUCCGUCACUGUGGUUUUCUUUUGACGUUUGGAUGAGACUUGUGUAUUUGUGUCUUUCUGGGGUGAACGCUCGGGUUUUUUUGUGUCAGUUUGUGGACGACUGACGCACAGCUGACAUCCCUCAUCACAACAGUGUGUGUGAGAGUGUGUGUGUGUGUGAGAGAGUGUGUGUGUGUGAUUCAUCAGCAGUAAAGAGUAGACGUGUUGUUAAGGGAAGAGGCUUUAGCGAAUCCUCCAAACACUAAUGAUUUCUAACAGACGGCAUGCUCGACAAACUGCUCGUCUGUGUCGCAGUAGCGUAGCUUAAACAGCCGUGAGUGUGUGUGUGUGUGAGUGUGUGAGUGUGAGUGAGAGUGUGUGUGUGUGUGUGAGAGGGAUGUCAUUAAAUUCAUCUUUGGGGUUUUAUAAUAAAUAAAUAAAUAAAAAGUGACCUUUUCAAAUACAUUAUUUUUAUCUGUACUUCUGUUUGCUUGAGUCAUAUUACCUGCUUUUU